GGUUUUAACUCAAGGGUUUGGAAGUAGCAAAGAGAGAAGAAGUGUUGGUUUUAGAAGGGUUUUAAGGUUCUCUUCUGAUCCCAACAGUGGACCGUUAGAUUCUCAUGAUUGCUCGCCGACUUGAUUUCAAAAUCCUCUGUGGAAUAAUACCCAGGCAACGGUCAAAUAGCGUGAUAGGCUUUCACUCACUCGAACAUGGACGCCACCACCUGUUCGACCAAAUUCUUAAGCCAGAUACCGUCUUCAUUAACCGUUCAAUGCUCAACUAUUUGCACAGAAACUUUCCAUUUCAAGCUCUUGAUAUCUUCAAGAAGCAGUGUCAACUGGGUUUUGUGGGCAAUGUUGAUGAAGUUACUGUGGCGCUUGCUGUCAAGGCUUGUCGCAGAGACCCAAAACCCGGUGUCCAAAUCCACGGGUUUGCUGUUUCUUCUGGGUUUAUUUCGUUCAUUACCGUCUCGAAUUCUUUGAUGAAUAUGUAUUGUAAAUCUGGACAGUUUGGAAAGGCUUUAUGUAUCUUUGAGAAGUUGAUUGAACCAGAUAUUGUUUCUUGGAAUACCAUGCUCUCGGGGUUCCCAAAGAGUGAGGAUGCGUUGGCUUUUGCUCUUCGGAUGAACUUAAAUGGGAUUGCAUUUGAUCCCGUGACUUAUUGUACAGUUCUUGCAUUUUGUUCAGACGACGAAGGUUUUCUCUUCGGGUUGCAAUUGCAUUCGCUUGCAAUCAAAUUUGGAUUUUAUUGUGAAGUUUUUGUUGCAAAUGCACUAAUAUCAAUGUAUUCAAGAUGCGGGCAAUUAAUGGAAGCUAGGACAGUGUUUGAUGAAAUGCCAGAAAGGGAUUUGGUCUCAUGGAAUGCAAUCUUAUCAGGGUAUGCUCAGGAGGGAAAUCACAGCUUAGAAGCGAUUUUGGCUUUCAUUAAAAUGGUGAGAGAAGGGAUAACGCUUGACCAUGUAUCAUUUACUAGUGCAGUUUCGGCUUGUGGUCAUGAAGUAACAUUAGAGCUUGGGAGACAGAUACACGGUUUGAUUAUAAAAAGAGGAUAUGAGAAACAUGUUUCAGUUUGUAAUGUUUUGAUCUCAAUGUAUUCAAAAUGUGAGGUCGUUGAAGAUGCAAAAUUGGUCUUUCAGAUCAUGAAUGAACGCAAUGUAGUCUCUUGGACUACGAUGAUUUCUUUCAAUGACGAGGAUGCUGUAUCUCUCUUCAAUGAGAUGAGAUUGGAUGAUGUAUAUCCAAAUGAUGUUACAUUUAUCGGAUUAAUCCAUGCUAUAUCAAUCAGGAACAUGGUGGAAGAAGGCCAAAUGGUUCAUGGGUAUUGUAUAAAGACUAGCUUUUUUUCAGAACCAAAUGUUUGCAAUAGCCUCAUUACCAUGUAUGCUAAGUUUGCAACCAUGCACGACUCACUGAGGGUGUUUGAGGAGCUUGACUACAGGGAAACCAUAUCAUGGAAUGCUUUAAUCUCUGGGUAUGCUCAGAAUGGGUUUUAUCCAGAAGCCCUGUGCACGUUUCUUUCAGCAAUCACCGAGUCCAAGCCAAACCAAUAUACAUUUGGUAGUGUCUUGAGUGCAAUUGGUGCUGCUGAGGAUAUUUCUUUAAAAUACGGCCAGCGAUGCCACUCUUAUUUAAUAAAACAAGGAUUUGACUCUGACCCAAUUGUGUCAGGAGCUCUUCUUGACAUGUAUGCAAAGCGUGGGAGCAUUUGCGAGUCUGAAAAAGUCUUCACUGACACGCCCCAGAAAACUCAAUUUGCUUGGACAGCAAUUAUUUCCGCCUAUGCUAGACAUGGAGACUAUGAAUCAGUGUUAAGAUUCUUCAAGGAGAUGGAGAGGGAAGGGGUAAGACCUGACUCAAUCACUUUCCUUUCUGUACUUACCGCAUGUGGUAGGAAGGGGAUGGUUGUUGUGGGCCAUCAGCUCUUCAACUCUAUGGUUGAAGAAUAUAAAAUUGAACCAUCCCCAGAGCAUUAUUCUUGUAUGGUGGAUAUGUUUGGCCGAGCAGGAAGAUUGGAGGAUGCAGAGAACUUGGUCGGCCAGAUUCCGGGACAGCCAGGAUUGUCUGUGCUGCAGAGCUUGCUUGGGGCUUGCAGGAUGCAUGGGAAUGUGAAGAUGGGGGAGAGGAUAGCUGAUGCUUUGAUGGAGAUGGAGCCAAUGGGAUCAGGUUCAUAUGUAUUGAUGUCCAACUUGUACGCGGAGAAGGGGCAAUGGGAAAAGGUGGCAAAAAUAAGGAAAGGGAUGAGAGAAAGAGGGGUGAAGAAGGUAAUAGGGUUCAGUUGGGUGGAUGCUAGUGAUGCUGGUAGUUCCUUGUAUUUGCACAGGUUCUCAUCAGGUGACAUGUCCCACCCACAAUCUGAGGAGAUAUGUAGAAUGGCUGAAUGCAUAGGAUUAGAAAUGAAGGCUUUGAGAGACAGCGAGAGAAUGGGAGGAAGGGAGAGAGAGCAUGCAUUCCUUGGACUUGGAGCCCUUGAACAUGGAGGGUCAAUUUUUUACAUAUAAUUAUUU